AUGGCAUCUGCCUAUAUAAGGAAUCGUUGUUUUAAUUCGAGGUUGAACAAAACUCCGUUUGAAGCGUUUACAGGCUCAAAACCAGACUUGAGCAAAAUGCACGUUUUUGAUUGUGUUUGUUAUGGUUAUUCACAAAAUUCCGAAAAGUUAGACCCUAGAAGUAAACAAGGUAUUUUCGUAGGGUAUGAUAAAAAUAGUCCAGCAUAUCUAGUAUACUACCCUGACAUUAACAAGGUAGAGCGUGUAAGAUGCGUUAAGUUCUUCAGGGAGGGUAGCAAGGAACUGCCAGAACUAGAUGAUGAAGAACUUGCACCUCAGAUAGCAAAAUCGCAUGAAAGAAACCCCAAAACAACUAACGAAGACAUUAUUGCUCCAGAGACAUCUAGAGAAUCAAGAUACCCCACUAGGAUAAGAAGUAAGCCUAAAUAUCUUGACGAGUAUGUGACAGAGGAAGUUUCAGGGGAGGAAACUGUCUCAUAUACCGUAGAUUAUUGCUAUAGAGUAUCCAACAUCACAACUACCUAUUCCCAAGCAAUAAGCUCCAAUGAAAAAGUAAAAUGGCAAAAAGCCAUGAAUGAUGAAAGGAAAGCGUUAAUUGACAACGAUACGUUUGAACUUGUUCCACCCCCAACAAAUAGAGACAUAGUGGGGGGAAAAUGGGUAUACACCGUAAAAGUAGGGCAACAUGAAGAAGAGACCCAUAAAGACCCGUUAUGUAGCAAAGGGAUACUCGCAGACUCCCGGUAUUGA